AUGGCCUCGCAAUCCCUCCAGAAAUUGCUAGCCAAUUCACGCACCGGCCCUACAAAGCCGCCCGACCUCAAAAUGCUAGACACUUACAUGGGAGAACUCAAUUGCUACCAAGAGGUCCAGGCGUAUCUGCUUUUCAAUGCGAAGAUGGUCGAUGGAUCUCGCAAGACCGUGUUCAUUGAGCCACAUCGGAUAUUGGAGGGAGACAAGUCAACAAACCCACGGGACCGGGAUCUGAACCGCCAAGCUAGGUGCAAAGUUCUGCAUACGGAGUGGAUAAGCUUGGAAGCUCGGGGUGCUUCGGUUUCAUCUCCACCGCUGGACUCGGAGCCGCCAGGCGUCGUGCUUCAGACCUGCACCUAG